GUGCUUCAGUUCGAGAAAGAGGUCACGUUUGUUUGGCAAAGACAGUGGUCAGUGAUGACAUAUCUAUACCUUGUUGUUCGAUAUUUUGGUAUUGUCCUUGCAAUGAAUUCUGCCACCUGGGGUGGUCUAUUUUAUAUGCCUGAAACACCGUACGUCAGAAGUUCGUCCUACAGCUAGGCUGAUCUGCUGCUGACCUCUUGUCUAGUUGUUAUGGCAUGUUUCUGUUCAUGGAAUGGAGUUUUCUGUAUAUUUUUGCUUGACGGAAGUCAUUCUCAUCUGGCGUCUUUACGUCCUAUACAACAAAUCCAAAAUCAUACUUUAUGUUCUACUGGGUUGUUCCUACCUAUCGUCGCGCUCUAU